AUGGCUGCCUCCACUACCGCCACCACGACAACCCCCUCCACCAUGCUCCUCUCGCCCCAGCAACCACCGCGGGACCUCUCCCACCUCCGCGCCCUCGUCCCCGUUGCCACCCACCGCGACGCCUCCUCGGGCCAGGCGCACACCUACCUCAACGCGUCCUUCCAACCGCCCAUGAACCUCAUCGUCCGCUCCGCCAUCCAAUCCUUCCUCGACGAAGCCACCUUCAGCCCACACCCCAAGCCGACCUGGCAAUCCCGCGCCGAAGACCUCCGCGCACUGCUCGCCACCUACCUGCACGCGCCCUCCGCCUCCACCAUCGCCCUCACACGGGACACAACCGAGGGCCUAAACCUCAUCCAGCGCUCGCUCGCCCUCCAACCGGGCGACAACGUCCUCAUCCUCGACUCCGAGCACCCGAACCAAGCCUGCGGCUGGCUCGCGCUACGCGACACCAUCCCGGGCCUCGAGAUCCGCCAAAUCCCGACCACCGGCACCGCGCACGACUUCCACGCGACGGCCGCGACCUUCGCGCCGUACGUCGACGCGCGCACGCGCGCCGUCGGGCUGUCCAGCUGCAUGUUCCACUCGGGCCAGCGCAACGACGUGGCCGGGAUAAGCGCCGCGUUCCGGCCGCGCGGGAUACACGUGCUGGCGGACCUGACGCAGGAGGUGGGGUUCGGCGCCGUCGACGUGGGGGCGCUGGGCGUGUCGGCGGCGGCGUUUGGGUUGCACAAGGGGCUGGGGUGUCCGACGGGGCUGGGGGCGCUGUAUGUGGAUCCGGCUGUGCUCGGGGAGUUGAAGGGGACGCCGCCGAUUGUGGGGGCGGGUGGCGUGGCGAAUUUGAGGGCGGAUUUGACGGUGAGUGCGGUGGAGGGGUUGGUGUAUCAUGGGAGUGCGAGGCGGUUUGAGCAUUUGAAUGUUUCGCUGAUCGCGGUGCAUGCGGCGAGGGCGGCGUUAAGGUUUUUGCUGUAUGAUGUGGGUGUGGAGGAGCUGGAGGCGCAUUUGAGGGCGCUGGGGAGGCGGUUGAGGGAGGGUGCUGGGCGGUUGCGCGUGCCGGUGGUGGGCGAGGUGGAGGAGGAGAAGCGCGCUCCGCAGGCGACGGUGCUGGCGUUGAGGGAUGAGAGGUGGAUGGAGCUUUUGGAGCGGGAGAGAAUCAGGGUGUCGGCGUAUAGGCUAGGGGUCAGAGUCUCGGUUGGGUUUUACAACAACGAGGCCGAUAUCGAUCGUCUGUUGGAGGUGCUGGAGAUAGGUAAGGCGGCCGGUAUUCCUCUUUGUUGA